AAGCUGUUGAAGACGAUGCAAAGCAAGACUGAAAGACAGCGAGAGCUGUAUGACAAAUUCAAGAAUGCGAAUGGAGGGCUCUAUCUGAGUGAGAAUCAGAUUGGUGAUGCUGAAGCGCAAAUCAUUGCCGAGGCGCUUAAGGUGAACACGACGGCGACUUCGCUCGAUCUGAGUGAGAAUCAGAUUGGCGAUGCUGGAGCGCAGGCGAUUGCUGAAGCACUCAAAGUGAACAAGACGCUGUUUUGGCUCAAUCUGCAUCAGAAUCAGAUUGGCGAUGCUGGAGCGCACGCGAUUGCUGAAGCACUCAGAGUGAACAAGACACUGAAGGAGCUCUCGCUGGCUCAGAAUCAGAUUGGCGAUGCUGGAGCGCAAGCAAUAGCUGAGGCACUCAAAGUGAACAAGACGCUGACUCUGCUCAAUUUGAUUGUUAAUCAGAUUGGCGAUGCUGGAGCACGAGCGAUUGUUGACACACUCAAAGUGAACGAGACGGUGACUUCACUCCAUCUGCAUGAUAAUCUGAUUGGCGAUGCUGGAGCGCAAGCAAUUGCUGAUGCUCUCAAGGUGAAUAAAACGCUGUCUUGGCUCAAUUUGAUUGAUAAUCAGAUUGGCGAUGCUGGAGCACAAGCGAUUGCCGAGGCACUCAAAGUGAACAAGAUGGUGAAGACUCUCUCUCUGAGUGAGAAUCAGAUUGGUGACAUUGGAGCGCAGGCAAUUGCUGAAGCACUCAUGGUGAACAAGCAGCUGUGGUGGCUCGAUCUAAAAUGCAACUGCAUUGGCGAUGCUGGUUUUCAAGCGAUUGGUGAAGCGCGUCAAGUCAACCGAACUCUGGCUCACCUUUUGAUCGACAAGCAGAUCAACCCUCUUGCAUUCUCCUUGCUUCCACGAAUGUCAACUGCUGAAGACCUUCACGACGUAUUUCACUUGCUGACCAGCGAACCAGCGGUGGAGGAUCAAUCGGCAGCUCUGCCCGCACUACCAACCGAGAUUGCCGAGCUCAUUUUGGACGAAGCGCACUACUGGCAAGGCGUGCAGCACACCAAGCGACAAUGGUUUCAGUAUCAUUCCCCUGAGUGUAUUCUGAAAGUCACACUGCCUCAAGGCGUCAAUGGGAAUGCAAUCCGUGUGAAAGAAAUUCACGUGCUUCGUGGCAACCGUUCUGACAGCGUCAAUGACACCGGCUUUGAAUUGAUUGUCCAAGAUGAGCAAGGCGCUGUUCGAUACGAAUGCUCGGUGAAACCGACCCUCGUCGAUUCGAGCCUCGAGUUAGUGACAAUCGUGCCAGCGAGUCAUCUUGUCAUCCGACAAAUGCGCGCGGGUUGGCAAGUUCAAGUUCGACCCAGCAAGUUUCACUACAAUGUGGUGUUUGAAUCGCUUUAUGUUGGCUAUGUCUGA